AUGGCAGGCGUUCAGAUGACAGUCAGUGCCAUCCCGGCGUUUCCAACCCAGCUCCCAUUCAAUAUAAGCGCGCCACCACUGCCACCCAUUGUCAACGCAACGUGGCGUCACCGUUUCCCACCACCCGAAGAUCUUGUCGUCAUCUCUGCGCGACGCAUCAACUCGAUCCUUCCUGAAUUAAUCACCGCGUCCAUGUCUCUCGGCCUCGUAGUCUCGGACUGGUCCAUUCAUCUUCCGUGGGAAUGGAAGCUCAUCUCUCGACGUCGUAAAUGGAAGCUCUCUCACAUUGCCUAUUUCGCAUCACGGAUCGGUGGUCUUGGCUUCUCCAUCACUGCCGUCCUUCAUUCUGUUGUCGGUAACAUUGCAGGAGGACCGAUGGAGCUGGGAGCCGCACGAUGGGACUACGCCAACUUUGCAUGCCAAGCGGAUCGUCGAGCGAGUAUCUUCUUCUCCGUCAUCUCGAUCGCUGGUAGUUCCGCUAUCCUCCUCCUUCGAUGCCUGGCCUUGUAUCGCUUCCACAUCAUCGCCGUCAUCUCUCUCGGAUUGCUAUGGCUAGCGACACCAGCGUUCCUUAUCGUCAACAUGUUUGUUCUCACCAGUCAGAGCAAACGGAAUGGGAUUAGCGCUUGCGACCCAAGCCCUCCGAAAAGAACCGGGUUUGGCAAUCCGAUCAUCUAUAUGAUGCCGUGGUUCUUUCUUCCUGUUUUCGACUCUACCAUCCUCGUCCUCUCAUUGAUUGGACUGCGACGAGCAUCGCAUCGAAGGAGGUUCUCGCCACUGGAACGUAUGUUUCGAAAGGACAAUAUUGUAUACUACGCCAUUGUCUUCCUCUGCGUCAUCCCCAUUCCGAUUUGGUACCUCUGUCAGCAGAGGGAUGGAAGGAUGAUGCCGUAUCUUAACCUUUACGUGGGCCUCUCCAGCAUUCUUUCGUGCCGGUUGUUUAUCAAUCUUUGGAAGGCGAUCGGGAGAGAGCUCGCCUUGGCACAUACAUUCGGCAGCAACACGCAGGAGCAUUAUCGAGUGGGUACAAGUAUGGAACAAGCCACAGCUGGAUUAGUUGCUUCGAAGAAUACUUUGCCAGAUUCGACUGCUUCAAGUCAAGUCAAUGGCCCAGAGUCGGUGAUAGAUCCAAGUAGUUCCACGGAUAGCAGCCUAGUUGAUGCCUCACCUCUAGCCGAAAAAGACUCCAUACCGGCAUCAGUAGAGACAAAGCCAUCACCAGCAGUCUCAUCGACACAAAGCCUCCACACGUCUAGCAACACAACACGACUGCGAAGAAUAGUUCCAGAUUGGACAGACGUCGAUCCUGAUCUUGCCUUCAGUUUGAACGGUGACUUCUAUGGAAAUACUAACUCAAUAUCGUACGAUUAUCAGUCUCGGGCAAUGCGGUCUACACCUUAUUAA